AUGGAGAAGUUAUUCCCUCUGAUGCCCAUCGUCAAAUACCUCAUUGUGUAUGGGCUGAUCUUAGAUGCCGUGCUUGGAAUGACUGCCACCAACAUUGAGGUAUUUCAGCAAGUCGAACAUCACACUAAGAGAAAGCAGCUCAGGCACAAAUCUGCGGGAAGCAAGGUGAUUGGCUCUGAUGAUGGCCCUGUAAAGGUCUACAUCAAAUUGCACGACAUCAGUCCGCGGAUUCUCUGUGCAACUCCGCAGCUAAGGAACAUGGAGCUCAUGGAUCCCAGUUUCACUUGGAAAGGUCCAAAGGGGAAAGACCUUUCAGACAAACCUAACAUAAAGAUAACACAGACUGGUACCCUGACCAUUGAUAACUUCAGCAAGGAAUUAUCAGGGGUCUACAUAUGCACCAUUUUCUUCUACAAUCCGAGCACUAAAGCCUUGCAGUCUUUGAGUCUUAAGUAUUUCUUGUAUGCGUACCGUGACCCCAAUUACACCUAUGAAUUUCAGGCCCAAUACCAUGCUGCUGACUGUCACAAUUCGUACAACAGUCUCUUCCUAAAAAGGUUGCACACGGCUUUGAACCAGCUAGUGUCGGACUUGGCCUACACGAUCAGUAUACAUAAAUCGGAAUGCCACACGCUGAAGGUGCCCUUGGCGGGCAUACAGUACGAGCUGUUCCUCACACUCAAAGUGCACCUGGAUGUGGAAGCACUGGACGCCAUCUGCGAGAAAGACCUGGAGGAGUGUGAUCACAACCUGCGGCUCGAGAAAGUGCGCCACCGGGUGGAAGCCUUCUUCAACAAGCAGGCGGACACCUACCGCCAGAUCACCGGCCUGCUGCCGUUCGUCUACUACAUUGACGGCACAUUGCAAGUGGUCAGGGUCGACCGCUGCAAGCCCGGCUACGGCAAGGACCACAAGAAGCACCCGAAAUGUGCUGAGUGCUGCGUGGUGUGUAGCCCAGGGACGUACAGCAGUGGUUACCAGGUGACUUGUUUGCCCUGUGCCGAUGCUAUCCACUACGGAGAAACCGACUGUGAAACUGAGUGA